AUGCAGCAGCCACGGCAACAACAGCAGCAGCUGCCAGAGCAGCAGCAACAGCUGCUAGAGCAACAGCUGCUGGAGCGCCAGCUUGUGGAGCAACAGCUGCAGCAUGCGCAACAGCAACAGGUGCAGCAACCAGGGAUACAACGGCCGGAGCAACCACAACGCCUACCCCAGCAGCGGCCACAGUUGGAGCAGCAGCAUCCGCCUCUGCAACCGUUGCUGAGCCGAUAUCCACAUGCCCAUCAACAGACGGAACCUCAGGAGCAGCAACACCAUGUUAUGCGACGGCUGCAGCAGGAUGGUUCGCUGAAGCACCAAUGGGAGCAACGGCAGCUGCUGUUGCAACAACAUCAGCAGCAGCAACUGUUGCAUCAUCAACAACUGCAGCAGUUUCAACAGUUUCAGCAGCAAGACUUGAACCUGAUGGAGCAGCAGCAGUUGACUAGACGUCACUACAUGCAGCAGCAAGCGCUUCUGCAGGAGCAGCAGCAGCAGAUGCAUCGGCUGCAGUCCCAGCAGCACCAGCAGGCGCAGCAUCAUAACGAGCGCCAGCUGCAGCAGCAGUUGCUGAGACAUCAUUCUUUUUGUGAGAAUGCUGGGGUAACAGGUUCACGCCUCCAGCUGUCGGGAUGUCGCAGUGGCAGCCGCCGGAGUUCCAGCGAGUUGCCGUCCGGUCUUGCUGUAGCAGCAACUGCAGCAGCAACAGGUGCUGCUGCUGCUCAGCGGGCUGCUGCUCCUUCAGCAGCAGCCGGCACCGACGAUGCUGCAGCUGGAGCUGCCACCCAAACAGCAGCAGCAAAAACAAGGGUCAUGGGUUGCAGGAGGCUUCCCGCUGCAGCGGCGCAGCUGCUACGGGGGUGUCUCUCCACGCCGCAGCGUCUUGCGCAACCCCAUAUGCGCCCUGAAGGCUCUCAUUGUGGCGCACAGGCUCUUGGCGCAGCCUUGCAACCUGCGGCGGAAGCUGCAGCAGCCGCAGCAGCCGCAGUGGCCGACGGGGACGCGGGUGCAGCUUCAGCAAGAGCUGCGACAGCAACGGCAGCAGCAGCAGCAGCAGCCGCAUCCACCCCUGAGGGUGCAGUUUGUGCGUGCGCGGACUUCUUCGCUGAGAAACUGCGGCUCCAUCUACAGCUGGUAGAUUGCUGCAUUGAUGCUGUUUUUGUUGCCUCUGCUGAAGGAACCUGGUCUGUCUCUCGGUUUCUGCGGGCGAAUGGGGUGUCUCUUGAAACGCUCGUGGCUUUUGAAGCGGAAGGCGUCGUCUCUCUUAAUGCUUCUGUUUCCCUGCAGCUGGUCAGCAUGCUGCACCGCGCAUGCACUUUAUGUCUGCUGCUGCUGCAGCAGAGGGGCACAAGCCUCUUUGCUGUGAGCAGCAUUUACUUGGUGCUGCUUGUGGAUGACGUUUGGGGGGUCGCGGCGCUGCUGCUGCGGCUGCUGCACGCGCUGUUGCAGCGCUGCAUGCGCCCAGCAGUCGCUGCUGGGGGAGCCUCGGCGUUGGUCUCAGUCCUGGCUUCUCUUGCGAACCCUCUAAGGGAGGCCCUGAGGGAUAUGCAGUUAGUAGCAGGUACGGCCAGACGGCAACAGCAACAGCAGCAGCAGUAA